GGGAUAUCACUUGUUUCAACAGGCUGCGAGAUUGCAGACAGCCUGAGGUUGAUGUGAUACAUAUACGGAUAGUAAGAACGGACCGCUUCCGGAGUUCAACGCCUGACUUCGAUUGCAUCGCUACCCGCAGUUCUGUCAUUGGUUUGCGCUUCGGAUGUUCCCGUUGGCAAUCAACGUCCCGUUCAAUUCAAAGCCUCAACAAAGCCCCUUGGCCCGAACCCGGCCAACCUGCCGUGCAGCUUGUGCUUACUACUCGGCCAAACGUCAUAAAUUCCGUACGGGAACUCAGUCCUCAAACAACAGAUGCCAACGCUUCGGCCGCGCAAGCGCCAAUCUGAGGCGCCAACAGCCACUACCAGGUCGGAGGGUGUAAUCACCGCUUCCGCUUCCGCCGUCCCUUCGCCUCCAAACAUCGUCAACCGGAAAACUCCCGGGUCAGCCGAGGGUGAAAAGCAGGCCAACACAAUGAGUUUGCCAGAUGAAGAACGGCCGUUACUAGGCGGCCCGUCUGCCGAGGAUGCCGAGGUGUCGCCAGCAAGUUCGACCUGGACGAAGAGGAACCAGUGGAUUGUAUUUGCCUUGGCCAGCGGAGCAUGUGCUGCUUUCAAUGGUGUAUUCGCCAAGCUCACGACAACGGAGCUCACAGCGGGAUUCUCGCUGGCGAUUGCUCGCAUGUUGGACCUUGAAAGUAUUGAGAAUAUUAUUGAACUUGUUGUCCGAGGUACAUUUUUCGGAUUGAACCUUGCAUUCAAUGGUGUAAUGUGGACACUUUUCACAACCGCCCUUGCCCGCGGCCAUUCGACGACCCAAGUCUCUAUCAUGAACACUUCGUCCAACUUUGUCAUCACUGCCAUCCUCGGCUUCGUCAUCUUCUCUGAAGCGCUCCCACCGCUAUGGUGGCUUGGCGCGGCCAUGCUUGUGGCAGGGAAUGUGAUUGUCGGGAAAAAGGACGAGGCUGUCUCGAUGAAAGAGGAUGAGCUCAGUACUGAGAGAGCUGUGCCGGUUUCCCCAUCCACGGACGGGCUCAGCACGGUUCGGUCAGGCGGAGGAGAACAAACGGACAGGGUCCUUGAGGGACACGUGAAGAAUGAAGACGUACUGGAUUUAGGGACAGAGGGGGGGAAAUGAUUUCAACUACAAGGCAGAUAUCUCAAUAGACAUUGAUACCCAUUUCUGUAAGCGGGAAUAUUGGAACUAGGUGUAGACAGCCACCAGCAAUGCACGUCCAGAUCUCUGGCCUA